AUGUCUACAAAAUUUGCCAAAACACAUUCAGUACCUCUUUUACAUUUUGUGAUCAAACCAGACAACUCAGAAAAUAUCAAAUAUUGCUUAAGAAAAUAUUUUAAAUGGUCUAAGAUGUCUCCAAAAUAUUUUAUUUCUGAUUGUGCUCUCAAUAUUUUCAAUGCAAUUUAUGAGCUUUUCAAAGACAACGAAGAAGUCAAAUUAUUCUGGUGUUCUUUGCGUGUUAUUCGUGCUCUUCGCUCCAAUAGAGAAAAAUUCAAUGGUAACGAUGAAUUAUUCAAUAAAGUUCUCAAAAAAAUGAAUUAUUUAAAUUAUGCGAGGAGUUUUGAUGAAACAACAUGCAAUAAUAUCAUCAAAAGAAUCAAAGAAUUAAUUUCUGAUAAUAAAGAAUUAUCAGAAUAUUUUGAAAAGCAAUGGUUCAAUCAUGAGCAACAAUGGGUUGUAUCAUACAAACCAAAGGAUGUUCCGCUUACAAAUAAUAUUUCUGAGAGUUUAUUUCGUACAGUCAAAUAUUAUGACUUUGGUGGUCAUCUCCACAUGAAAUUUGAUUAUUUCGUCUUUUUACUCAUUACAAAAAUAAGUCCAACUUAUCUCGUCACAUUAAAUAACGAUAUUACCUUAAAAUCAGAAGUUAAAUUACCAAUUGUCAUAAAUAAUACCCCAGUUCCCAAAAUAACACCAAAACUGGAGGUGAUUUAUGAAGCAAAACAAAAACUCAAAUCUCUUAGUAAGCUACUCAUGAGUGGUAAAGUUAAUGUAAAACAUUUUAUCACUUUUGUUGAGAAAAUACCCGAAAAACUCAUGCAGAUAGACAGAGUUGAACAGGAGAUGUUCAAUGUUGUAAGAAGAAGCAAUGCUACCGAUGAAACCAAAAUUGAUAUUUACGGACAAAUCUCUGAUUUCAUUAAUCAGAACGAUCCGCAUACCAUAUUUAAGGGAUACAAAAACUUUAUGCUUGAAAUAAAGGGAAAAUACCAUUUGGAAUGGUUAUGA